CCACCUGACCUGACCAAACCUUUGAGGCAUCCAUCCAUAUAUAUAUAUACAUAUAUGUAUAUCUGCCUGAACUCCACUUCCUCUUUCACAUGGCAUCUGGCAUGCACCAGAAUCCUCCAAAUUAAUUGUCACUCCAAAUUGCCUAAAAUUCUCAGUUUACAAGCCCAAGCUUGAGACUUGUUGCUGUUUAAGAUUAAUGGCGGCUUCUCCAUAUUCCAUUUUUGCAGUACAACUGCUACUGCUGGCUUCAUGGAUGCUUUCCUGUUCUUCCUCCAACUUUAACCAGGAUUUUAACAUCGCCUGGGGCGGUGGCCGAGCCAGGAUUCUCAACAAUGGCGAGCUUGUCACUCUCUCACUGGACAAGGCCUCCGGCUCGGGCUUCCGGUCCAAGAACCUCUAUCUGUUCGGCAAGAUUGAUAUGCAGCUCAAGCUCGUCCCCGGAAACUCCGCCGGCACGGUCACAACCUACUAUCUUUCAUCGGAAGGCUCAGUACGAGACGAGAUAGACUUCGAGUUCUUGGGAAACUUGACCGGCGAGCCGUACACUCUCCACACAAACGUCUACAGCCACGGCAAGGGCGAACGGGAGCAACAGUUUCGGCUCUGGUUCGACCCGGCCGCCGAUUUCCACACUUACUCCAUCCUCUGGAAUUCCAAAACCAUCGUCUUCUACGUCGACCAAACCCCUGUGAGAGAGUUCAAGAACAUGGAGUCCGUCGGCGUACCCUACCUUCGCCAGCCGAUGAGGCUCUUCUCCAGCAUCUGGAACGCCGACGAGUGGGCCACCAGAGGCGGCCUCGUCAAGACGGACUGGACACAGGCGCCAUUCACCACUUCGUACCGGAACUUCAGAGCCGAUCAUGCUUGUGUGUGGGCUGCCGGAGCAAGCUCUUGCGGGCUGGCGGUCGGAGGUAACGCGUGGCUGUCGGUGGAGCUGGACGCUAAGAGCCGGGGAAGGCUGAGAUGGGUGCGGCGGAAUCAGAUGAUCUACGACUACUGCGCCGACGGAAAACGGUUUCCCCGUGGCUUCCCUCCAGAGUGCAAAUUAUAUGUCCAUAUAUAACCAAAUGUUGUAGCUUCCUGUCACGCACCUUGAGAUCAUGCUCCAUAUAUAUAUAAAUGUGUAUUUUGUGGCAGAGAGGAGAAUUAAGCGUAGCUAAUGUACAUAAUAUAUGUUUAUAUAUAUAUAUAUAUAUAUGAUAUUUUUGCAAAAAUGAUCAGAACCACAUGUGACCUUAAAUAUUAUCGC